UUCCCCUCCCCUGCCCCGUGGAUGGCUGAGCCAGGCUGAGUCGGGCUGAGCUGAGCCGAGCCGAACCGGACUGGGUUGGGCUCGGCUAAGUUGAACCAGGCUGAGAGGAGCUGAGCCGAGCCAGGAUCGGCCGCCCUGGGGCGUCCAGGGAUCAGUGCUGGCCCUGGUGGGGUGGGACACACGCCAUGGAGCUCAGCCAGCAGGGAGCCUGAAGCUGUCGGGAGGAGCAGGACGGGGUUGGGGGGGACAUGGAGCCCCCCAACAGCAGCACAAGUGGCCGGUCGGACGUGUGCUUCGGGGUGUUCAACGCCAGUGGCAAUGCUCAGAACAGCAUCACUUCACCCUGGUUCUCCACUGCCUUUGGCCUCAUCGGCCUCUGCUUCCAACGCUCUUCGCUCUUCUGUGUCCUGCUCAGCUCGUCCCGCAAGCUGUCCAGCCGGGCCCGCUCCUCCUUCCUCAUCUUCCUCAGUGGGCUGGUGGUCACAGACUUCAUGGGGCUGCUGGUGACAGCCUCGGUCAUUAUCCCCUACCACUUCAUCAAGUUCACCUGGACUGAGGUGGACCCUGGCUGCCACCUCUGCAAUUUCCUUGGUUUCUCAUGGUCUUUCUUUGGGCAGUGCCCGUGCUGCUGGGGGCUACCCAUGGCUGGUGAACUUUACAACCACCCCUUCUCCCGCUCCACCAACAUCUCCAAGCACCGUGCCUGCUCCAUUGUGGGGCUGGUGUGGGCUUUCUCCUGCCUGCUGGGGCUGCUGCCAGUGCUGGGGUGGGGGCGGUACACACUGCAGUACCCCGGAUCCUGGUGCUUCCUCACCCUCCUGCCUGACACCGGCAAUGUCAUCUUCUGCCUGCUCUUUGCCCUGCUGGGCAUCUUCUGUGUGCUGCUUCCAUUCAUCUUCAACACAAUCAGUGUGGUGACGCUCUGCCGCGUCUACCAUGACCGCGAGUCAGUGCAGCGGCGCCGGGACAGCGAGGUGGAAAUGAUGGUGCAGCUUGUGGGCAUCAUGAUCAUUGCCACCAUCUGCUGGAUGCCACUCCUGAUCUUCAUUGUCCAGAUGGUCCUGCAGCAGCUGCCGGCCAGUGGCCAGAUCCAGAUGUUGCCCAUGGAGACACAGAAGAUGCUGCUCAUCUACAUCCGCAUGGUCACCUGGAAUCAGAUCCUGGACCCCUGGGUCUACAUCCUCCUCCGAAGGGCAGUGCUGCACCGCGUCUACCCCAGCCUGCGUCCUCGCCCCUCCAUCCUCUCCCUCAACCCCUCCCUGCACCGCAAGCUCACCGCCGGCUCUGUCCUGCAGUAAUGGCCCCAGGGAACAGGCACCAAGCUCGGGGAUGGGGAAAGACAAACCACCCAACCCACCGUGUUAAGUGAUUGCCCCCAUCACCCACCCGAGCACGCACCCCCCCCCCCCCCCCCGCCCUGAGCCUGGUACCUACUGGGGUCGCAGAGUACACAGAGCUGCUCCCCUGUCCCCAUCUGUCCCUUCCCCCAAUAAAACUCAGCUUGUGCAGCUCUCCGUGCCUGCGCACAGGGGAUACUGGGGGCCUCCAGCCUGGCUGUCAGCCCAAA